AUGUCCGCCCGCGUGUUUCUCGAUAAACCGCACGCGCACUUCACCAAUCUCGACUUCAUCACCGGUAGAGUCGUUCUAUCUCUACCAGUGGAAACCGCCGUUACCUUGGUCGUCGUGAAGCUUGAAGGCGAAAGCCGUACGCGCCUAGUCGCCCCAAAACACCCACACAAUGAGCGCUCCGAUAAGAAAAGAACGGAGAUCGAGUCUCAUAAACUUCUCUACAAAACGGUGACCCUGUUCCCCACUCCCGAGAUGCGCCCCUUGGUCGCUCCGAGUACAUAUUAUACCCUUUCACCAGGAACAUACGAAUACCCAUUUCAUUUCAAAUUUCCCUUCAACAAUGACUGCAUUAACAACGUUCUGGCAUCGAACCUCAACAUGGCAGGAAUAAGGCUUGAGGUUGCCCGAGAUACAAAUAGACAUCUUAAGAAGACACUACCACCGUCGCUUUUCGGUUUUCCUGGUGAGGCAGAAAUCAGAUAUUUUGUCAAGGUCACUGUUGUGAGACCACAAUUCUACAAGGAAAAUUAUAGAGGAUUCGCAGACUUCAAAUUUUUACCAAUUGAACCCCCAAGGACGAAGGAGGCGGACAAAGAGACCUUUGCUCGACGGCAACACCAGUUUUCCAGGUUUCCUAACAUUCAAGAAGAGAAAGGUUUUUUCCGAAAGACUUCUGUUAAGUCGCAAGACACUAGCACGCCGCCCAAAUUUUCAGUUGACGCUCGAUUACCUAGCCCUGCUAUAAUUACAUGCAAUGAGCCGUUACCGCUCCGAGUAUUGGUGAAAAAGCUUGAAGAAUUUUCUGAGACUCUUUAUCUGCAACUAUUCCAAAUUGAGUUAAUUGGUUAUACACAUCUGCGAGCGCAUGAUCUUUCUCGCAAGCAGAGUAGUAGCUGGGUUAUCACCAGCCGCAGCAACCUGAAUGUACCACUUGGAAGUGCUGACAACCCUGUUGGAAAAGAAUGGAAGAUAGAUUCUAGGAUGUGGAACCAAAUACCGUUGCCAAACUCCGUCGCCCCGUCCUUCGAUACGUGUAAUAUUUCAAGAAGUUACGAGCUAGAAGUUCGAGUAGGGAUUUCGCGUGGAUUAAAUGGGUCGAUAAAGUCGGACCUUGUUGUCCUCCCUCUUCGCAUCGCUGUUCAGGUAUAUUCUGGAGUAGCUCCACCACCUGCCUUAUUAGAGGCCAUGGGGAUGCCGAGUGAACUUCCUGGCGUAUCGACUCAUUCUCGACCUCCACAACCACCUCGGCCAUCGGCGCCCCCUUAUACGUCGCCACCACCCGCCGAAAAUUACGAGGAUGCUCCUCCCAGUUAUGAAGAUGCAAUGGCGGAGUCUCUUGGGCCAGUGGACGGCCCGAGGCGCGAGUAUAACCCACUAGAUGCUUCUGUUUCUGGAAAUGUCGCGCAGACAGGGGCUGAUGCUCAAGGUUCAUCAGUGCGCAACUUUAAGGACGGUGACCGCCUUUUCCCCAGUUCCAGUGCUGUGAACACCUCCACCGAUUCUGUCAAUGCCUGCGAUCAACCCACCUUGACAGAUGGACCCGCCGACCCACGUUUUCCACGGACCGAAUCAGCCAAUACAGUUCACCGAAGUGAUACCAAUGCGCCGAAGCCAGUGAUAUCUGGUAACCAGGCCCCAUCCCCGCAACCGGAAACCAACACAUUAUGGCCGGAAAGGAGAGUAACUCCGGGUCUUGGAAUCCCAAGCAGGAAGCCGGUCCCAGGAUCCAAGCAUUCAACCCCUAGCAUGGAACGCUUUUCCGGGUAA